UUGAGAAGAAAGAACAGAGGGAGGGAGGCAAAAGUUUUUUUUUUCUCCCUCAGCUACCAGCAUCUGCAAGAGAUUCCAACCAAACUCACCUCCCGACUACAGCACGGGCAUCCGAUAAACACACACACAGAAGACACACACACGCCGAGUGAAAGAGAGAGAGAGAGAGAGUCAGUAUUGAGCACAGGAGAGGGUCAAGAAAAGACAGUCAAACCGAGAGCUUCACUUCAUUACGCGCAGAGAAAACAUUCAGAACACAGUCCGCGACAGCACAACUGAGAGCACCGCGAGAUCUGUAAACGGACAGGAUUUAAGGAAUUAAGCCUCACUUUGGAGAUCUGCUCGCCUCCUGGGAGUAUUUUGGUGGAUUUUCUGCGUCUGGAGGGCUGUGAGGAUGCGCUUCUCGGUGCUGCUGCUGCUCUGCGCUCUUUACGCAGGAAACGCGCACAAACUCUCCGCGCUCACGUUUCUGCGUGUGGAGCAGGAUAAAGAAUGCAACACAGACUGUUCUGGAGCUCCUCGAAAGCCUCUGUGCGCAUCAGACGGACGGACCUUCAGUUCCCGCUGCGAGUUUCUUCGUGCAAAGUGCCGUGACCCUCAGCUGGCGGUCAGUCGAGGGCAAUGCAAAGAUACGCCCAAGUGUGUUGCAGAGAAGAAAUACACAGAGCAGCAAGCCAAGAAACUCUUCCCACAGGUUUUUGUGCCUGUCUGCAAUCCCGAUGGAACCUACAGUGAGGUUCAGUGUCACAGCUACACCGGUUACUGCUGGUGUGUGAUGCCCAAUGGCAGACCAAUCAGUGGCUCUGCAGUAGCCAAUAAGAAACCCCAGUGCCAAGGGUCUAAGAACAGUAAAGUAAAUCCAAAGGAACCAGGAAAAUCAGUUUCCUUGCAAAUCUUCUCCAUUCUAAACGCAGAUCCGUCGACGGUUUUAGUAGUGGAGUCCCAGCCGUCGAUGGACGAGGAAGACAUCAUCUCUCAGUAUCCUACACUCUGGUCAGAGCAGGUCCGCAGUCGACAAAACAGGACCAGAACACAAUCGACCUCGUGUGAUCAGGAGCAGCUGUCGGCACAGGAAGAAGCAAGACAACAUAAAAACGAAGCGGUUUUUGUGCCUGACUGCGCCAGCGGUGGCCUUUAUAAACCCGUCCAGUGCCAUCCUUCCACUGGGUACUGCUGGUGUGUCCUAGUGGACACUGGGCGGCCCAUACCCGGCACAUCCACAAGACAUGAACAACCAAAAUGUGAUGGAAACGCCAGAGCCCACCCAAACAAACCCAAGGACCAUUACAGGAGCAGACACCUGCAGGGAUGUCCAGGAGAGAAGAAAACUGAAUUUCUGACCAGUGUGUUGGACGCAUUAUCCACAGACAUGGUGCAUGCAGUAACCGACCCGGCUGCUGGCGGCAGGAUGUUGGAGCCAGACCCCAGCCACACACUGGAAGAGCGAGUUGUUCACUGGUAUUUCAGCCAGCUUGACAAGAAUUCCAGCGGCGAUAUCGGAAAGAAAGAAAUCAAACCGUUCAAGCGUUUACUCCGCAAGAAAUCUAAGCCCAAGAAGUGCGUGAAGAAGUUUGUGGAGUACUGCGACAUCAGCAAUGAUAAAGCCCUGUCUCUGCAGGAACUGAUGGGCUGUCUGGGUGUCACUAAGGAAGAGGGGGCAAAAACAGGUGAAGGCACAACAUCUAGUAAACUGAACCUGUCAAAGAAACAAGGCUAAAGUGGGUGCUACGAUUGUUCCCACUCCUGUCCCGCAGAUACGACCCCACCAAAACGACGACGGAAACCAUAGUCUUUGCACUUUGUACUUUAAAAACAAUGUAAAUUCACUUUUGUAGAAAAGUAAGGUAUUUAAACAGACUGCUGAAUAUGUGAAUGAUGUAGUUAGCAUUUGUAUGUCUUUACAACAACAUCAAAAAGAAUAAUAAUAAUAAUUUAACACAUACAAUGUAUGUGUCCUUUUGUGAGUCUAAAAUAAGUAUACUUUUCUAAGUUGUACAAGUUGUAUUACAUGUUGCAUUUGUCAAGGCCAUCUUUUUUUGUUAAGUAUUUUUUAUUUGUCUUUUCUUCUGCUAAUUUCUGGAUAGUUUGUAAUGCAUCUAAACCUCGACUUUUGUUAGUUUUUAUACCAACUACUGCCUGUGCUUGGAAUUAUUACAGAUUAUAGUCCUGUACCACACAUGGAAUGGGAAACAGAUAAUUUUGUUGAAAGUUCUUCAUGAUGAUUAGAAAUAAAGAAGUCUUUUAUAAUA